AUGGCGCGAAAGAACAAGUCCGCGAGGUCCCAGGCAGCAGCCGCAGAGGCGCCGGUACUCGCGGCUCCCGAAAUGAUCACUGAAGAGGCUGCCUCUCCGAUGCCUUCUCCUCUUGCGGCGUUGUCCCGCGUUUCUUCCCCGCCCGCGUCGCCGUUGGCCGCCGCCCUCGUCGAGGGCGCGCCGAAGGCUGAAGACAGCCCAGUUGCUGCUGCAGGCUCCAAGACAGGAAGCCGCCGUCCUUCUUUCAUGGCUUUUCUCGAGCGUCGCGAUGGUGGAGAAAACCUCGAAGCUACUGCGGAGGUGCGCAGACAGAGCCGCCGCAAUAGCUUCGUCGACAAAGCGAAGUCUCUCUUCGGAAAAUCGAAGGCGACCGCAGGCGCCGAGGUUGUCGCCGCUGAAAGCAACGAGCUUGCGCUUGAUGGAGCCGACGCAGUGGAGACACAGCAGAAGGAGACGGUUGCUGACACCCCAAAGGCGGAGUCGCGCACCGACCGCUGGAAGCGCCGUCUUUCUCUCUCGCGAGACCGCUCGGUCGAGCGCUCUGAGAAAACUCCCCGCAACCUAGUCGCGGAAUCCGAGCCCGCUUCGCCCCAGAACGCCUCGCCGGCGUCCCGUAUGGACCGCUGGAGACGCCGCCUUUCUCUCUCCAAGAAGGACGGAGAGGAGCGCUUGCCCUCUCGCGCCGAGGAGAGUGACGACGCGCAGCCUGAAGAGAAGGAAGUCGCGAUGCCUGCUGAAGAGGUAGCAGCGCCUGUUGAGGAGAAGGAAUCCAUGGCUGUGGAGAAGAAGGAGGAAAUCGUUAACGCGCCGGUGCUGACGGUGACCGAAGCUUUCACCAUUACUAUCGAGGGUGAGCCGGGGGCCGAAACCAAGAACUCCGCCCAGGCCUCAGUCACGAACGAGAGUGAGGCUUCGCCGACCCAUGCACGAUCGGAGUCGCGCGCCAACCGGUGGAGACGCCGCCUGUCUCUCUCUCGCGAUCGCUCGGUUGAGAAGAAUGACGCCGCAGAGGUUGCUCCCAAGAGCCCCUCGGCAGGAGCUGGGGAGGACAGCCUCGGCCGCAGAAUCUUCCGCCGCCUGUCGCUCUCCUCCCGCGACGGCAAAGACACCGAGUCUGAUGAGAUGGAAGGCGAGGAGAAGGAGGGACGCAUGUCGCGUCUAAGGCGCAGACUGUCGAUCUCCAAGAAGGCGAGCAAGACGGAGGAGCAGACCGAGACCUCCGAGGUCGAGAAGGAGAGCGGCAGACGCCGCAUGCUGCGCAGACUGUCAAUAAGCUCGCGCAAGUCGGUCCACGACGAAGAAGAGAGCGAGGCGAGCCCCACUCACGAGGCCUCCAAGUGGAAGCGCCGUCUAUCUCUCUCUUCGCGCACAUCCCGAGUUAGCCGUGAAGGCAGCGUGUGCUCCAACACCGGCGAGGAGGCGACGGAGGGCAGAUGGCGCCGCAGGCUUUCUCUGCGGUCGCGCUCUCGCGAGCCGCCUCUUCCCAGCCCUCAGGCCGCGCGCACCUCCCUCAAGGACAAGCUGAAGGGUCUCGUCCGCCGCCGCGACAGCCGCGCAGAGGAUAUGGAGCGUGUCGAAAAGUUCCACAACCCCGACUACCAGCCCAGCGGCAAAAUCGAAGUCGAGUCCAGCGUGGAUGCCGACUCUGAAAAGGAAGACGACAUCUGCGACCUCCUGCAGCCCGACCACCAGGGUGCGGGUGACCUCACCGAGGGCUUCGCUGUGUCCACCGACUCCUCGCGCGUCGUCUCGAUGCAGGCGGACACGGACUUGACGCCCAGAGAAGCGCGGGAGGAAGCGGCUAUGCCGGUUGAGACCCCCAAGGACUUCGAGGACUGGAUCGAAGGAGCGGUCGCUGCUGCAGAAGAACAGCCGCUGAACGCUCGCAUCCCCGCGCCGGAGAAGAGACUGCCCGGCCCUGGCAUGAUGGGACUGUUCUGCUGCGGCGCAGAAAGCCGGGAGACCGAAGAGGAACGCGAGAGGUGGCGGGAAGCCGUUCGCUACUCGUGCUCCAAGUUCCGCCCGCGCGAGAAGGUCUUCAUGAGCCAGCCGGUCGUCUGCCGCGAGCUUGGCGACGACGAGGACUUCGGUCCAAACUUGUGCUACGCCCCCACGGAGUAUGCGCUCGACAUCGAGAAGGCGUUCUAA